CGGAGGCUGUCCGCCGCCCCGCCAUGGAGACCGCAAGGCAAGUGCUCUGUCUCUGUGCUUUCCUCUCCCUGCCGCACGCUCGCGCCGAGCCCAUCCGCUACUCCGUAGCCGAGGAGAGCGAGAGCGGCUCCGUGGUAGCCAACGUGGCGGAGGACGCGGGGCUGGCCCCGGCGCAGCUCUCGGCUCGCCGCGCCCGCCUGCUCUCGGAGGACGGCCGGCAGCACUUUCGCUUAGACCCGGGCAGCGGCCGCCUCGUCGUGGCCGAGAGGCUGGACCGCGAGGAGCUGUGCGGGCAGUCCGCUACUUGCACGCUGCCCUUCGAGCUCCUGCUGGCAAACCCCGUGCAGUUCUUUCGGGUGGAGGUGGCCGUGGAGGACAUCAAUGACCACGCCCCCGUUUUUCCGGAGGAACGGGUCACCGUUAAAAUCCCAGAAACGAGCAACCUCGGCUCUCGUUUUCCUCUGCAGGGGGCUCAGGACCUGGAUGUUGGCAGCAACAGCAUCCAGGCUUACAGCAUCUCUCCGGAAAAUGAGUACUUUAGUGUUGACUUUGAGAGUCAGAUUAAGGGCAAGAAGUAUAUUGAACUAGUCCUGGAAAAAGCGCUUGACAGAGAAGAACAGGCAGAGGUGGAUUUCAGUCUCAUUGCCGUGGAUGGUGGCUCUCCACCCAGGAGUGGGACCACCCAAAUUCACAUUGUCGUUAUAGAUGUAAAUGACAACGCUCCUGUCUUCUCGCAGGAUUUUUAUGUUGGGCAGGUUUUGGAAAAUGCCCCAGAGGGUUCUGUUGUUUUCAGAGUAGCAGCAACAGAUCGUGAUACAGGAGUUAAUGGGGACAUCUCCUACCGGUUCAGCCAAGCAGGAGACCAGAGCUACUCAGCUUUUGUGAUUGACCCCAUGAGUGGUGAAAUUAAACUCACAAAGCCUCUGGACUUUGAGGCAGCAAAGAAACAUGAGCUCAGUGUUCAAGCAACAGAUGGUGGGGGCCUCUCAGCAAUCUGCAGAGUGUUGGUGGAGGUGGUGGAUGUGAAUGACAAUGCACCAGAGGUGAUAAUCAGUUCCUUCACCAGCCCCCUCCCUGAGGACACAUUGCUUGGGACUGUCGUUGCCCUGUUUACCGUCAGGGACCGAGAUGCUAGUGCCAAUGGGAAGAUCUCCUGUGCCCUUGAGGACCAGCUGUCAUUCUCCUUGCGGCCAGCCUAUAAGAAUUACUUUGAGCUGGUGACUGUGAGUGCACUGGACAGGGAGGAGAUGGCACGGUACAUCCUGACAGUCACAGCAGCAGACGCGGGAUCACCUCCUCUCACAACCACCCAGACCUUCACAGUGGACAUCUCUGAUGUGAAUGACAAUGCACCUGUGUUCAGCCAGACAUCAUACACCAUGUAUGUACGUGAGAACAAUGUUCCCACAGUGCUUGUUGGGACCGUCAUUGCUGGAGAUGCUGAUGUGGGGCUCAAUGGCAAGGUGACCUACUCCCUGGUCCCAGCCCACCCUACAGAUCAGCCUCCCUGCUCCUGCAUCUCUGUGAACUCUGAGAAUGGAGACGUGUUUGUGCUGCGGCCCCUGGACUAUGAGCAGGUGAAGCAGAUCGAGGUCUUGGUGCGUGCUUCUGAUGCAGGGUCACCUCCUCUUAGUGCUAGUGUUGCUGUCUACAUUUCUGUGGUGGAUGAGAAUGACAAUGCCCCAUUGGUGCUGUACCCCUCACAGGACAGCAGCCCUGCAUCCAGUGAGCUGGUGCCCAUUUCAGCUGAGGCAGGCUACCUCAUCACUAAAGUGGUGGCCGUUGAUGCUGACUCAGGGCAGAACUCAUGGCUCUCGUACCACCUGCUGAAGGCCUCUGAUCCUGGGCUGUUUGUGGUGGGUGCCCAAAUUGGGGAGGUGCGACUGAGGAGAUCAGUGACAGAGAGAGACACUGUGAAGCAGAAACUCGUAGUGCUAGUGCGAGACAAUGGGCAGCCACCACUGUCAGCCACUGUGGCACUGAGUGCCCUCCUGCUCAGUGACUUCUCAGACGUGCGCCUACCACACAGCAGCCUGUCCACAGAAGAGAAUGAAGGUGCCUCCUUGACAAUCUAUUUAAUAAUUUCCUUGGUCUUCGUCUCACUCCUCUUCCUGGUGUCCACAGCAGCCUUCGUUGCUCGCAAGGUGUGCAAGAGAAAGCAGCUGAAGGAUGGGCAUGUGCUUUAUGGUGCCAGCAACUUACAGAGCAGCCUGGCUGAUGCAGCUGCUGCAGGGACCCUGCCCCACGCCUAUUGCUAUGAGAUCAACCUCACAACGGGCUCUGGCAACAGUGAGUUCAAGUUCCUGAAGCCCAUCCUCCCCAGCCUGCCACCACAGCUUCAUACCACAGGUGGGGGUACCAACAAUGAGCAAGAUUUCCCCCGUGGCACUCUCACUGUGGAGGAUGUGGCACCAGACAACCAUGGGAUGCGUUCUGCAGAACAGUUCAAUAGUCUGUCCUUUAACUAGCAUGGUGUUGGCACAGACAGAGGUUUAGUGUCUCAUGACUGUAAGGGAUCCCUGCUGUAUUUAGAGUUGGCAUCAGUGACUUCCCGUAAAGACAAAGUGACAGAAAAUACUGACUUCACCUGCUAAAAAAACCCCAACCAACCAAACAAAAAAAAAAUUUACAAAUCCAACGAAAAAACUAAAGCUCUCUCAUUCAGGGAACUGCAUGUUUCUGCUCUGUUACAGCCAUUUCUUAAAUGUUUUGAAAUUGAGAUUUGUUCCAGGAUCUUAGUUAAUUUUUUGUCUCAGUUGCUGGCAGACAGGACUAUGGACCAAUUCCUUCUUGCUGUAACGGAAUAACACAGUCAGGCAGACAAACUACAACCUCACUAAAGUGAGUGAGUCAUGAAAGCCAAGGGCAUGGUGAGUACCGUGUAACAGUGUGGUGUGAGUAUGCAGCUCCUUCUCCUCUGGGUUCUGGUUGCCUCUGUCUGAGUUGGGUGGGCUCUGUGUGCUUUCUUCUGCUGGUCACGUUGUCUGACUGUACCUCAGCUGAGUGCCUGCCUAUGCUGCUCAAAGGCUAGACAUCAAAUCAGGCAGUUGCUCAUAUCCAGCCUUUGCACACCAUUCCAGCAAAGGAGAAGGAAAGUUGUUUUGACCUUUUGAGUACAGCAGUCUCAUUGUCCUUAAGGGAGAAUGAGGUCUUUCAUUUGCCCAUAAGGAGUGAUGGGAUGGGCUGUCUCCUUGGGAUGCAGGCAGCAUCACAAAUGGUAUUUGGAUAAAUUGCAAUGGACCAGACCAGACUAGAAAUAUUUCAUUUUGAAGGCACCUACAGUGAUCAUCUGGUCCAACUGCCUGACCCGUUCAGGGCUUACUGGAAGUUAAAGCAUGUUUCUAAGGACAUUGUACAAUGCCUGUUAAACACUGGCAGGCUUGGGUCAUCAACCACUUCCCUAGGAAGCCUGUUGCAGUGUUUGGCCACUCUUUCAGGAAAGAAAUGUUUCCUAGUAUCAAGUCUGUUUCUCCAGUGGUGUGGCUAUGAACCUUACCCACUAUUACUGGAUAUAAGGGAGAAGAGUUCAUUGCCUUCCUGUCUACCUCCCCUUUUUAUGAAGCUGACCCUCACAUGCUGUUUAAAUUGUGGCAUCCAGCAGAGCACACAGUAGUCAAGGUGGGGCCACACCAAUGCUGAAUGCAGGAGGAUAAUCAAGACUUGUGAGUGACUGGUUGUGAUGGUUUUGAUGCCAACAGGAUGCCAGAUCACACUGCUGGCUUCUACUGAGCCCACAGCCCACCAGUACCUCCAGCAGCUGCCUUUCUGCAGGGCUGCCCUCCAGCCUCUGCUUGCCCAAUUUAGACUAAAAUCCAGAAAAACUACAUCCACCCCCUUCUCUUCAUUAAUGAGUCAGGUGACCUUUGUACCCAGUAUGAUCUUCUCCAUAUGUUUUUCAGGAGCUGUUUUCUCACCUGUUGGCGAGACCAACGGGUCUGUAGUGGCCUGUGUCUUUCCUCAUGCCCUUUUUGCACACUGGAAGGACAUUGUCUAGCUGCUAGUCAGACAGCUCAGGGGUCUGGGCAGCCCUGGGGGCUAACAAUUAAAUUAAAACUUGAGGCACAGAAUGACUUCUUCUUAGUCCCUGUUACUCUCAGGAGGGAUCACCUCCCACAAGUAGCAGUCUAAUGUUUUCUUUUGACCUUCACUUGCUGGAAAUGUACUUAAAAAUGCCAUUCUUGUCACCUAAAACAACACAGGCCAGUUUCCACUGUGAUGCAGUUUUGGCCUGUCGUGUCUUCUCCAUGCACAUAUGAACCACAGCUCUGUAAGCUUCCUGCAAUGCCAGACCUGGCUUCCAGAUAUCAUACCAUUUUUUUUUCCUCUGGAGCUUCACAAAGAGUUUCCUGUUUGGCCAGGCUGGUCUUCUGACUCCAAAGCUUGACUUAUGGCACAUGGAAUUGCCUACUUAUAGGCUGUAAUCAAACAGAUUUGUGAGAACAUGUUCCUUGUCGUGGGUUAGUUUGUAGGGAAACUCCACAAGCUGAUUCAAGGGAUUUUUUUUGAAGAUGGAAGUGAGAUGAAAUCAGAAAAGGGACUUUGGGUUUGGACUUGUUAUUGUUGUUUCUGAAUACAGAGGUUUCUUGGUGGGAGUGGGAAGAUGUGCUGUUAUGACUUUCUGUGUUUUCUGUUAGACAACUGCAUUCUCCUUUUUGCCUUUUCUUUUUCGUCUCUUUGAACUCUGAGUAUUGUAUUGUAUCUGAAGCCUUGGGUGAUAUGGUUUAGUGUGAGGUGUCCCUGCCCAUUGCAGGGGGGUUGGAACUAGAUGAUCUCGAGGUCCUUUCCUAUCCUAACUAUUCUAUGAUUCUAUGUUUCUAUCUUCCUUUUAAGAAGGAUUCUCUCACCCAUGUAUAAUAGGGGAUUGUUUGAAUGAAGGCAGCGUGGCAUGGGAUAUUUGGAAGCCCUCAUGGUGUGUUGUGCUGCAGUUAUAAAC